AGCGUUUCGACUUUUUGCAACUGAUCGAGUUGGUGGUGCCUGCCGUGCUUGUACUAGGGUUCGAGCCAUGUCGUCGCGUGGCGGUGGAGGCGGCCGGCGCGGAGGCCGGAGCGACCAGGGAGGGGGCCGUGGCUCCGCCGGCGCCGGCGGAGGGCGCGGCCGUGGCGCCGCGGCACCAGGCACCGCCCAGAGAGGGGGCCACUUCCAGCCCCCACAUACGGCAGCCGGGGCCGGGAGAGGUGGCUACCCUGGCGUGGCUCAGGGGCGCGGGCAGCAGGUAUCGGCGCCGACGCCUGCGGAGGUUGAGGCGUUGAGGCGCCAGGUGGAGAGGACGGCUAUGGUGACACAGGCGCCAGCGGCGGGGCUCCGCGAGGGCCCGUCGUCGGCCCCAGCGCAGAGGCAGGCUCCGGCGCCGGGUCUGGCUCCUGCGGCCGCGGCGCGACCGCAGAUGCAAGCGAAUGCACCGGGCCAGGCGGCGCCGCCGGCGACUGCAGGGAGCUCGUCGUCGGCCCCACCAAGGGCACCGGUGCCGGGCCAGGCGCCUGCUGCCGCGGCACCAUCGGAGACGCAAAGGAAGGCACCGGCUCAGGCGACACAGAUGGCGCUGGCGGCUCCUGCAGGGAGGAUGCCUCCCGCGUCUAGCAAGGCGGUGGUGCUCGCCCCGCGGCCGGGGUACGGAACGGCCGGCCGGAGGUGCCGCGUGCGCGCCAAUCAUGUACAAGUCCGGCUCGCCGACAAGGAGAUCUACCACUACGAUGUGGCGAUCACUCCCGAAUCGAUCUCCCGGGCAAGAAACAGAUGGAUCAUCGACGAGCUCGUGAACUUGCACAAGGAGUACUUGGGCGGGCGGCUUCCUGUUUAUGAUGGAAAGAAAGGCCUGUUCACAGCAGGUCCACUGCCAUUCAAAGCCAAAGAAUUUGUUCUCAUGCUAACAAACCCUGAGAGAGCAAACCAGGGGGAGAAAGAAUACAAGGUGGCGAUCAAGGACGCCUCAAAGAUAGAUAUGUACAGCCUUCAGCAGUUCUUAGCUGGUAGGCAGAGAGAAAUGCCGCAGGAGAUUAUCCAGGCUCUUGAUAUCGCUAUGAGGGAAUGCCCAUCCUCUAGGUAUACAUCCAUCUCAAGAUCAUUUUUCUCAUCACAAGAAUUUGGACCUGGUGGAUCGCUCGGAAAUGGUGUUGAAUGCUGGAGGGGUUACUAUCAGAGCCUACGCCCCACACAGAUGGGCUUGUCCCUUAAUAUUGAUAUUUCUGCAACAGCAUUUUACAAGGCUCAACCCAUCAUAGACUUUGUAGUAGAGUAUCUGAACGUCCGUGAUACUUCAAAGCGUUUGUCUGAUCAGGAACGCAUAAAACUGAAAAAAGCACUCAAGGGUGUCCGGGUCGAGACCACACAUCGCCGUGAUAUAUCCAUACGAUACAAGAUUACAGGGCUAACCUUAGCUCCGUUAAACGAUUUGACGUUUGAUCAAGAUGGCACAAGGGUAUCAGUUGUGCAGUACUUCAGGCGGCAAUAUAAUUACUCACUGAAAUACACUCACUGGCCAUGCCUUCAAGCUGGCAAUCCUACCAGACCGACCUAUUUACCUAUGGAGGUUUGCAACAUAGCUAAGGGACAACGCUACUCGAGUAAGCUGAAUGAGCAUCAAGUCAGAAAUAUCUUGAGGUUGGCCUGUGUGCGGCCAGCAGAGAGGGAGGAGAGAACUUUAGGGAUACUCAAGAAGAACAACUAUACCUCUGAUGAUUAUGCAAAAGAAUUUGGCAUCAAGGUGAACAACCAACUUGCUUUGGUUGAUGCUCGUGUGCUUCCGGCACCAAAGCUUAAAUACCAUGACUCUGGAAAAGAAAAGCUUUGUAACCCUUCUGUUGGCCAGUGGAACAUGAUUAAUAAGAGAAUGGUUGAUGGAGGAUCUAUCAAAUUUUGGGCAUGUCUAACUUUUACCUCUCAUAUCCAUCCAAAUGAGAUCGGAAGGUUUUGCGAGGAUCUUGCAAUGAUGUGCAACAGCAUUGGCAUGCAAAUGAGAACCCAACCCUGUGUACCAAUCAAGAAAGCACGCCAAGACAAUGUAGAAGCUGCAAUCAGAGAUAUUUAUGAUCAUUCUGCACAAGUGCUUGCUCAGCAAGGUUUAACAGGGAAACAACUUGAGUUUCUCGUUAUAAUUUUACCCGAUAUGAGUGGUUCUUAUGGGCUGAUUAAAAGACUUUGUGAAACUGAGGUUGGUGUAAUAACUCAGUGUUGUGCACCUAGGAAUGUUAAGAAAGGAGGAAAACAGUUACUUGAAAAUCUCGCCCUAAAAAUCAAUGCUAAGGUUGGAGGAAGGAACACCGUGCUUGAAGCUGCUUUGAACAGGAAUAUACCACUUCUAACAGACAUGCCUACUAUAGUCUUCGGAGCUGAUGUUACCCAUCCACCUCCUGGUGAGGGCUCGUCUCCAUCCAUUGCAGCGGUCGUUGCAUCCAUGGAUUGGCCGCAAGUUACUAAGUACAAAUGCUUGGUGUCUUCACAAGGGCAUAGGGUCGAAAUCAUAGAUAAUCUUUUCACAGAAGCGAGAGAUUCAGUCAAGGGCAUUGUCAGAGGUGGAAUGAUUAGGGAUUUGCUUAUUUCAUUCUUAAAGUCAACUGGCCAUAAGCCUAGGAGGAUUAUAUUCUAUCGAGAUGGUGUUAGUGAGGGGCAGUUCAGCCAAGUCUUGCUUUAUGAAAUGGAUGCAAUUCGGAAGGCAUGCGCUAGUUUAGAGGAGGGUUAUCUUCCCCCAGUCACAUUUGUUGUUGUGCAAAAGAGGCAUCAUACCCGCCUGUUUCCAGAAAAUCAUCGUUCAAGAGAUCAGACAGAUAGGAGUGGAAACAUUCUACCUGGUACUGUUGUUGACACAACUAUCUGCCAUCCCAGCGAGUUUGAUUUUUACCUGUGCAGCCAUUCUGGUAUUCAGGGGACAAGCCGCCCAGCACAUUAUCAUGUUCUUUUCGACGAAAAUGGGUUCUCUGCUGACGCACUGCAGACCUUGACUUACAAUCUGUGCUACACCUAUGCCCGGUGCACUCGUUCAGUCUCUAUAGUUCCUCCAGCGUAUUAUGCGCAUCUGGGCGCGUUCCGUGCGCGUUACUACAUGGAAGAGGACAAUUCCGACCAAGGCUCAUCGACGGGGACCUCUCGGACGUAUGAUCCAUCUGUCCCCGUGAAGCAACUCCCCCGGAUCAAGGAAAACGUCCAGCAGUUCAUGUUCUACUGCUAGAGGUGGACGUACGGUAUCCAUAGGACCUGACAUUGCAACGUUUUGUGGUCGUGCAUAUGGCAUAGAAGUAUGGCAUACUAGUUAUGGAAAGCCAACGUUUUGUGGUCUUUGGAGGACGACUUGUGGCAAAGUGCAAAAACGCACAUUUUGCUUGUCAUGGUUCUUAAACUGAAGGCUUUUGUGAUUCUGAAAUGCUUCUGUUGCUGUACUAAGAUGUUUUGACGGGUUUCGUUCCUCGCUGUUA